AUGAAGAGCACCACGGACGAUAAUAUGAUAUACACAUGGAUCCAACUGAAAAGGAUCCACCAUUUUCUUCACGAUACUCAAGACUGGAAUUAUGCCGACUUGCUGUCCCGGCUGUUGCCCAGGAAAAAUGUCCAAUACGGGCCUUUGGAGCGCGCGUUCCACACCGAAGCCGAAGAGAGACUUACAGCUGAUGGACAUCGACAAAGCGAUGCCGUGUGCGAGAAACUCCUCCAAUACUCUAACAGCUAUGAUCCAAACGAGCAUGCCGCUCCAUACGCAUCAAUCAUCGGACCAUCUGGAAAAAGCUUCAUAAUUCAACAACUCGCAGUCCACCAUGGCAUCUACGUGGUAUAUGCAAACCUGGCCCACAAACACUCAAAUGCUUACCCACGCCGCUCCAAAAUUGCAGACAGAUUCCCCAAAGACGGCUAUAGAUGGAAGCUCGAGCAAUUUUGGGAAUGCUACAUUGUAACCAGCCUGGCAGACAUAGAAGCAUGCAGAACCGCAGGCAUCACACCAGCAGGAUUUUACAACCUACAAACCAAGAGACCAUACUAUAGCUACCAAAAGGAGUUUACAGACCGAGUCAUGAGUCUUAUCAAAAUUUGGCCAAGCCUAUACGGGUCAAAAUUCACACGACAAGCCAAAGUCCAGGUCAUCCUUUCCAGCCGCGUCGAUCAUGCCAAGGCCCUGUUGCGAAGAUGGCGAUUGGAAUUGGAGUCUAAUGGAGAUAACUGCAGCAUCCCCGGUUUUCAGGGAGGUGACACGAAGCCCAAAGCCCUCAUCUGCAUAAACGAAGCCCAUGAGCUCUUUGAUAAUGACUCGUCGUUUAACUUUCAUGGGUUUCGGGGCGCUAUCCGUCAACACGAUCUGCCCAGAGAUCUCAGUAGCACUGUACCCCAGGAUGGCGCUUUCGGGGUGUUGAUAGGGACAGACUAUAGUAUGGAAGAAAGGGCUACGGCGGCAAUUGGUGUCGAAAAAAAACUGUUUCCACCCAUCGCGAUCCCGACGAUAUAG